AUGAGCACGCUCAAGCACCCCUUCGACGCAGACUCGCUGGUUCUGCUGGCCAGCAAGAUCCUGAAGGACGAGGCUCCUCCCCCGGACGCCUUCUACUCCCCUGAGCUCUUGGCGCUGAUCCAGGCCAUGCUCUGCAAGGAUGCCCACUUGCGGCCCAUGAUCAACAAGAUCCUGUGCUACGGGUUCCUGCAGGAGACAAUGCAGCACGCCAAUGAGGCCUACCAUCUGGGUCUGGACUUGUCAGACUUCGCGAGGGCCGCUGCGGAGAAUGCCAUGCGCGAGAACCAGGCAUGCAGCAGCCCUGUUGGCCGCGACAGUCCAGACGCCUCCUCGGCCUCUGUAAGCCUGCCGGGCAGACCCGCCACCGCAGCCCCAGAGAACGAGGAGGAGUACGAGGAGGAGUUCGAGGACUACUCCGGCUCCGAGGGCGAGGUGCCACACCCGCAGAAGGAGCUCAGGGCGAGCGUGGCCAAUCUGAAGAUCGGCAACAGCGCCGCGCCCGCCAGAGAAGCUCCGGAUCCCGGCGCAGAGGCGAAAGCUGCUAGCUACGCUGCCAAGGCCGACUCCCUGAGAGAGUACCUGCGGAGCCAGAUGCCGGAGGACGAGUUCCGAAGAGUCCACGCGCUGGUGUGCGCUUCGGGGGAGGUGAGCCCCGAGGAGUUGCAGCGGAGAGUCUGCAGCGUCCUGGGCGCCGAGAAGGCGCCCGAGCUGUUGACGCUCUUCCAGCUGCUUUGCUUCCUGGAGAACGUGUCAGCGGGCAUAGCACAGCAGCCCUGA